AUGGAGGCAUGUCUGGUUGGGAGAGUUAGACGGAGAGUUCUGCUGCGGGAGGAGGUGGCCCAGCUCCAAGAGGAAGUGCACCUGCUGCGGCAGAUGAAGGACAUGUUGAGCAAAGACCUGGAGGAGACCCAGGGAGGAUGUUCGGCCGACGUGCUGUCCGCCACAGAACUGCGCGUGCAGCUGGCCCAGAAGGAGCAGGAGCUGGAUCGAGCCAAGGAGGCCCUGCAAGGUGAUGACUUCAUCAUAAAAAUCGUCAUGCUGAGAACAAAUCCCGCCGCUCUGCCUCCACUCGGCAGCCCUCGUGGAAGCUGGACUGAAGAAGUGUCAGUGAAAGCGACAGUGGCAGAUUCUGAACAUUUGUUCCUGUUUUCUGUUGUUGUGGACAUUGACACUGCCAUGAAGUCCGACCGUAAGCGUCUGAAGGCUGAAAAAGCUGACCUGGUCAAUCAGAUGCAGCAGCUUUAUGCCACACUGGAGAGCCGGGAGGAGCAGCUCCGUGACUUCAUCCGCAACUACGAGCAGCACAGAAAAGUACGGCUCUCAUGUGCUCACGCGGGCGUGCACAUGCGCACGCACACCAACAUCUAUGAGAGCGAGGAUGCAGUGAAGGCUCUGGCGAAGGAGAAAGACCUCCUGGAGAGAGAGAAGUGGGACCUGCGGCGGCAGACGAAGGAGGCGACGGAGCACACGGGGAUGCUGCGCUCCCAGCUCGACCUCAAAGAGAACCGCAUCAAGGAGCUGGAGGCGGAACUGGCCAUGAUGAGUAACUGUGUCAAUCAGAGAAUGGAGUUCCGGGUUUUUGAGCGGCUUGUGGACAGGGACUACUCUCCUAGGGUCAUAGCGGCCAAACAGUCACUAGCCACCCUGACAAAGGACGUGCCCAAGCGCCACUCUCUGGCCAUGCCCACAGAGGCGGUCGUCAACGGCAACAACCAGGAGUGGGUGAUGCAGGCUGACCUUCCCCUAACUGCUGCCAUCAGACAGAGUCAGCAGACUCUUUAUGUCCACACCGGGCAUCCCACUGACAGACAAGUGGCGGCGGUGCGGGUGAGCCCGUGCCACUCGCGUCAGCCCUCCAUCCUCUCCGAAGCCUCUGCGUUGGAGGGAGAUCGGUCAUCCACUCCGAGCGACAUCAACUCACCACGCCACCGGACUCACUCCCUCUGCAAUUCCCUAGAAGAUCUGGAGGAGGCGAAGCGUAAGAAGAAGAAAGAGAAGAUUGGGCUGGGCUCUCUGUCCCGCGUCUUUACCCGGGGAAAGCAACGCAAGUCUCUGGACCCCGGUUUGUUUGAUGGUACUUCAACACCAGAUUAUUACAUAGAGGAGGAUGCAGACUGGUAGAGCGCACGUGUCCCAGUGAACUACCCUGAAGAGCCUUUGGCAGUUAUCAGAGGACAACCCUGUGUCAAAUGUGUGCGUGAGCGGGUGGAUGUCGGCGUGUGCAGACGUAUUAAUACGCGUGCCUGUGUGGUCUCACCUGCACGUGCAGCCUAGUCGUGUGUGUGUGUGACGGCGUGCGGAUGCGUGUGUGUUGCCUGUGGUCGCAAGCCAUGUCGGGAGCCGGAGCCGCGUCUCGCUUUGCCGAAGUGUAAACCUUAACGAGCAAAUUGCACCUGUAUGUAUAUAACGCUCUGUAAAUAGCAUGGAGAGUGUAACACGGCAACAGCGUGGACGUAUUCUGUAUCCGCCCUCCAAAAACAGCCGUGUCAUUGGAGCUUCUAAAUGUUCCAUAGAUUUUGGACUUUUCGUUUUCACUCAACUGGAAACUUGAAGGACUGCUGUACUUGUUGUAAAUAACAACAGUUGUUGUGCACUCUGUGCGUGUAAAUGUCUCCAUGUCCUGAAUGCCUUUUCUUAUUUUUGACAUGUGCUCCCCCUCCCCUCACAACUUAAAUUCCUCUGUUUAUUGUCCUGCUUGGUCCAACCCCUCCCCUUCCACACUGCCUUGAUGAGAACAGUUUCCUGUCGGCCACAUGCAGACUCCUCAAAUCCAUCACCCGAUCGAGCUGUCUGUUAAACACAUUCGUUAAUGCGUCUCAAAACCUGUGCAGAGGAGCUCAUUGGUGUUUAACAUUAGACUUUCUAUGAGGCUGCUGAGCGUGGAAUCAACUUUCCACACAAAGCAGAUCAUUCCACGGCAUCAUGAAGCCAAACAGGAAAUGCGAGAAAUGUGUUUUCUAUCUGUUCAGGAUAGAAGGUGCAUAUGUAAUGUGUGACAUGCAUGCAUGUAGUCCCAGUCCACAGCUGCAUGCUGAACAAUACCCUGCUAAAGAGAAAUGUCUUGUUGUCAAAAAGGUGAUUUAAACAAAGAGAGGUCAGUUACAGAUUUCCUUUUUAUUCAGAUUUCUCUUUUUUUUUAUUAAUUCAUAUGUUUUGUUAUCAAAGUUUGGGCGCUUAAGAUACCAGACUGAACACAAUCGAGCUUUAAUAUGCUCCUGCAAGGCAAAAAUACUCAUGCAAAAGUACAUUUAGAAACAUUAAAGGUCGGCAAAGUCACUGAGAAAACCCAGCUGUGCUCUUUGAAUCUUUGAAUAAUUAUUCCACUUAUUCAUGAGCCUUUCCUUUCAGCAGGAUCUUGUAGCUGCUUGUGGCCAUCAUAAUAUUAAUACUCUGCAAAGAUACUGGGGUUGGGACUGUACUGGGAGAAGUCUGAAAGUUUGAUAUUAAACUGAAAUUCAAGACUUUUCCCAUCCCCUGGAAUUAAGGCCAUUUUAAAUAAUAAUCAGUCAAUUAGGAGAAGCGGACAUUAAACAAAAUACUAUAACAUUAGUGAGCAUCACCUCUGAAGGUUAAAAAUCAGGAUUUAAGAACGCUAAUCAAGCAAAUGCAUACCUUCUCAAACGACCCUUUGAACUCACCAGAAAUUCUUAAGCUGAGUUCAAGUCACUGCUGGAAAAAAAAAGCAAUUAACUUUGAGCUGAAGGUUAAUAGAAUUUCUUCAGGCAAAGAAUGUCUACAGACACUGGAUUCUUUUCGUUCUUUCACUGGAUUGAGUUGGAGUCUGCAAUGCCCCUCCAGGAAAUCUCUUCUCUCCCUGAUAUAAAACUAACACUGGAUAUUCAUCGGCCUCACCUUAAACCCCAAAGAGUGGCAGAUUACAUCGGAGCUGUUUUUAACAACAGCAUUUGUCAGGAGGAUCCGCACAUGCAGUGAGGAGAUUAUCUCUUUACUCUUAGCUCAGCCUACAUUCGGGCCCACAGAUAUUAGAUCCUAAGCUAAAUCACAGAGGAAAUUAAAAAACAAGUCACUGUGUAUAUUACAGCUUAUCCUGUUUAUUUAGUUAAACAAUUCAAUAACAUGUAUAAAAAAAACAGAAUUAUAUUUUAUUUUUUCGUCUACCCAACUUUUAUGUGCUGAUGGGGAAACAGCAUCUAAAAAACAGUGUAUGAUUUCACAUUUUGAGCCACUCUUUUUUUUCCAGUUUUCUCAAAACAUUUUACUUUUUGUAAAUGAGAUAACAUGGCAGAAAUCAAAUGGAUAUUAUUAUUAUUAUUAUUGUUAUUAAAGAGUUUUAUUUAAAGUCAAAGGUGUAGGCCUCAGUGGAGGACUUCUCUUCUGAAGCCCUGACAUGUAGAAGUGGAUAGUAGCAACUUUUCAAGGCAUGGCAACAAGUAACAUUCAAAUGAACUAAAUGAGAAAAUAAGAUUAUUUUAAAAUAAAAUAAAUGAUAAGUAUUUUGAUGUGGCUGUCCUCUCUUUCCCUUCGUUAAUGUUUGUGUUGUGUAAUUGUUCAUUUGUGGUUGAAUGGCUCUAAUCUUGAUUUUUAACUUGCACAUAGCUUCCUUCCAACCUGCAAGUCCAUCUGUGGAUCGCGGUGUCCAAAUGGCCUCGUUUUUGCUCUUCCCCAAUCUGAAUUCCGAAUUCAUGGCAGAAAGCAUCUAUAAAACGUGUGCUAUUUACAUUGGACUACAUUGGACUGAUUUAUUAGAAGGGAAAAUGAGGCCAUUUCAGAUGACUGAGAUGAAGAACACGGUGUUAAUAACAGCCUGAAGUGAUGUGACCACUAACCUGUAACACUGACCUGUCUUGUCGAACUUCCAUCAGACUUUCAACAUAAUGGAGUGACCCAAGAAGCAACCAGUCACACUCUGCAGGUCCAGGAUACGCACGUUCUGGCUGCCCCCACAAAGAGUUGUACUGGGAUGCAAACUGUGUUUGCAGAUGGGUUCCAACUCUAAAACAACACAAACUGACCUCAAAAUUACACACUUCUUCAAGUUGAAUUGAAUUUUAAUGAAAACCAUCGAAUUGAUCCCUUUCUGGAGCAGCUGUAAGCUUCUAACCCUUCUGUUCUCAAACAGAAUUUUCUCAACUUCUAAAACUUCUUAUAACGUUGCUCAGCUAUAGCAGUAGGCAUAGAAUAAACGUCUUCAUUUAUCGUUUUGCAAAUAUCUCAACUAAAAUGGUACCACUGAGGAUAAAGAAAUAUUUCUGUGUAAAAAAGAAAUAUUACAGCCAUAAUACUUUUAAUCUGGCACUCAACUGUAAACAGACUUAAUGUUUAUGCAUAUCUUAAUCAGGCAAGACAGCUAAAUUAUAUUUAUCAUCAUAGGGAACCAUCCUUAAAAACAAUGAAAUGAGGUUUCGGUGCGAGUUGUUGCCAAAGAAUUAGGAUCUAUCAAAGCCUAGUAAACAUGAUGUGAUAAAUACAAUUCUGAAGGACUUGCUCUCAUUACACUGUAAAAGUUUUGAAGGCCUUCUAUGAAUAGAUGUUCUAGACAAAUUACACCAAAAUAGAAUUUUGAAGAGGGAAUGAGAGGACAAACCGUUAUUGCAACAUUGAAACACGAUGGCAGUAUCAUGGUUUGGGCCUGUUCUGUAAUAUCAUAGCUAGGUUUAAACUACUGAUUUUUACAAUGAAAUGUAAGGCCUUUGGAGCAGAGAGAGCAGGACCUCAAUAGAGCAGUUAAUGUCAGGAAAAAGUAAGAGAUUACUGGUACUGGUGUCGAAAUCUGGUCAUAUUUGAAAAAAUAUAUAGAUAAAUAAGAGCAUAUUUAUGGUGGAAGAGUUGGUUUAUUCAGUGUUACAUGAAUUGCUCUCAGGAGGUGUUUCUAUUGUGAGUUUAUGUAUUGCUCUUAUGAGGACACAUAAAAGCAUCCAGACUAAGAUGAAUCACUAAAGGCAGGUUUUUAAUAAUCUGUUUAUGUGGGUCCAACAACCGUCCAGUUGAGAAUCUCUUUUUGAAUAAACACACCAGCACAGUGAAGCCUGCCAAAAUACUGGAUUCCAUUUGCUCUGUGGAAAUGAGAAAGAGGCAUGGAGGAAACAAAGAACCUGUUGAUUCUGCUUUUGUUGUGUUUUGUUCUGUUUCUUUGUUAGAUGCUCCAAGCUAAAUUUCAAAGGGAAUGAAUCAGAGAGAACAUCACUCAUUACGACAUCUUUAUUUUUCCACUGAAAUAACGUAUAUUUCCAGGGUGAAGAGACCAACAAGGACAAAGAUUGCACACUGUCCAUUACCACUGAGUUUUGAGAUGGAUGCUUUUAUCCAAGGCUCAUUAGAUUCCCUGCCUCCUGACAGCUUUAGCCUUGAUGGCCCAUGCUCAGUUAUAAGCACGAGAAUGAGCUGAGUAAGGCUUUAUUUGAGAGUGAUAAUAGGUCAUAUAUUUUCAAAAGAGUCACAAAAAUCUAAUUAUUAAGUGUUAUAUUACAAAUAUGGCUAAGUGUACUUCAAUCAGCUACCAGUGAACAACACAUAAUGAUAAACCAACUCUUGAGUCUGAUGCUUUGCAAAGGUUUCCACCUGCUGGUAGGAAUAGGGAAGUGCUUAAGUACACCCUGUUCUUGGCAUAAUUACCUCACAAAAAUUAUUUACUUAGCAAAAAAGUACUUAUAACUUCUUAUAACAGGUAAACUUACAAGAAUUAAGGGGAAUAAUCAUAUGGGCACAGGACUCUCAGGGUAAUAUUCAUAGGAUAAAAUAAAAAUGUGAGGCAGAUAUGAUAAUAUUCCAUCAAAAUAUAAUAUUUUUCCUGAUUGCAACAAUUGCCGAAGGCUAAUUUAGACUAAUGGAACAUUUUAAUUCAAGGGCUCAAACACCUGCCACUCUAAUGAACUUUUAAAGUGGGCUUUUACAAUAGUUACUCCCUGGUUUUCAACAUCAUUAUUAGUAAGGACAUGCUUGUUGUCACACGUCCAAAAGCUUGUUUCCUCCACUGGGCAGUUUUUUUUAAAGUUAACCUGAUUUUUUGCUACGGUGCACUUAUGUUUGUUUUUAUCAUUGCUCACUAUACCCACUGCCACCCUGCCUUCACUCACACCCUCAUCUGCAUCGCCCAUAAAUCUGCCCCAUCCACUCACCCUCCCAGACUCAGAAAGCCUGUCCAGCCCCACCCGCCUCAGCCUCGGCCUGUCAGACGGGUCAGAAGACCAGCUGGACCGCCUCCAGCAGGUGGAGCUGGCCAGGAUGACGCCCAUGUCUCAGUGGAGGGCGGGCACUGUGCAGGCCUGGCUUGAGGUUGUCAUGGCGAUGCCCAUGUACAUCCGCACAUGCUCAGAGAAUGUCAAGAGUGGCAAGGU